GUAGUAGUUUUUAAAAACAUGUCGAGCGAGGAUUUCGUCUUAUUACAAUAAAGACUCGUCCGGUUUAAUUGUUAUUCUAAAUCCCGUAUCCGAUUAUCACGAGCGAAAAAUAUUUGUGUGAGAUUUUGUUUUUCACCAGAAAAUCUGGUGUGAUCUUGAAAGGAAUGUGUAUAUUGUUAUGACAGUCCAUCCGCAGAUUCACCGUGACUGGAAAUACGGCUUAUAUUGAUCGGAAAUCUGAGAAAAAAGAGAAAACAGGUUGUGUGGAUUGUUGUAACCUUAUCAGUAAAACGAUAUUUAGUUACUUCUGUGACAUUCGGCAAGCACCAGAGGCGACCAGAACCAAUUACGUUAAUUGAGUUUUGUGUGGAAAUAACAACAUAUGAUGGCAACUGUUGGAUGGCAGAGAACGGAAGAACCUUGACGGUUUUCCAGAAAAAAAGUAGGAGAGGGUUCGUUGUCAGAUGAGGGAGUGAUUAGCUGUAUAGUGUGUGUGUUGCUUAUCAUUAACAUAAUGUAAAAGAGAAGAGAGAUGCUCCGCUGUCUGCUCGCCUGCAUUGUUGUGUUGUCAGAGAAUGUAACCUUCCUCCUCUGAAUAUAGACCGAUUUCUCUUGUGUAAUAUUUGGUGCAAAAUUCGAGUACUUAUUCACUUGGAGAAUUAUUUUUCGUGAGUGGAAAUAAGCAGUUGCAAACCCGGAUACAAGUUUGAUAUUUGAUCUGAAGGGAUAGUUACAGAAAGUACAUGAAGUUUUGAUAUAAAUACAAUUCUCAGGAUGAGUGAUUUCGAUGAUUUUGAUGAUAAGGAUAUAUUUUCGGACACGUUCGAUUUACUGGAGGACAUCAAAGCCGCAGGAUAUGAUCUGAAGAAAUCGAAAUUCUUUAACACUCCGAUCGAGAAGAUAUUCGAGUCUCCGUUUUUCACAAGAAACCGAAAUCGAACUCGAGGAGAUUCCUCAACACCAAGAUAUCCGACGUUUUCGUCGAAGUCGUCGAAAAAGUCAUCGUCGACGACAGAGUCUUCUGAGACUGAUUCUGGCGACGAAAUUUUCCAUACCAAGUCCUUUAAAAGGUCGGACUCGACUUAUUCUACUUCUAGUCAUGAUACGACAAGUUCCGGGGAGACGAUGUCUGAUGCCUCGUCCACUCGGAGUAAUCCCAGAAAAGUGUCUAUCACACGACAAAUUCCCGUGCAACAUUUUGUCACGUCUAAUAAAAACUUUCGACCUGGACAAACUAAGAAAGACUCUGAGAAAAAUGUGAAACGUUCGAUGUCUCAAGAAGUUCCAGUACAACACUUUGUUACGCCAAAUAAAAACUUAUCAAAUGGGGUAUCUAGAAAAAUAGAAGAAGAAUCUAAGAAAAGUGAGAGGCAUUCCAUGCCACCCGAACAUCAUUCCCGAUUUGAAAACGAAACAAAUGAUAGAAGACACCAAUCGAUGUCUCCAAAACCAGUAUCAGUUUCACAAACAAACGAUAGUUCCCAGUGUUUUCGAAGUAAAUCCAUAGAUUUAUUGAACAAAUCUGAAGUUAAUUCUAGUCAUAGAGACAGGAGCAAAUCGAACACACCUGAAUUAUGUAAUAUUAGUAGAUACGGACAGUCUAAAAGUCUUCCGGAUGUAUUAAAAAAUGAUAGAAUGUCACUGCCCCCAAAUGUUCCGAAGGUGGGUUGCGAGAAAGGGGAGCAACCUACUUGGGACGAAAGACAGGGGAGAAUAGAAGGUGCCUUAAAAUGGCUGAGGUCGGAAUUGGGUUUGUUGAGGGCCCAGGACAAGGUGCUCCUGUCUCAGUUAAAGAGGUGCCAGGACACGAUAGAGGUGAUAAAGAAACAGAGAUCCGAGGAGAUGGAGGAGGGCGAGGAGGAGGAGGAGGGGCAUUGGGAGGACUGGGAAAUAGCAGAAUUUGACAGAAGAUGUAAAGAAGGGGAGAUCAUAGAUGAUAUUUCUCCAUCAUUCACCAGAAAGGCAAUGGACAUUCCCCCUAAAGUGGCUGAGGUCACAUCAUGAUGUCAGCUUGCUUUGUAAUCCUUACAGACAGGGCUGAUGUCAGUGUGUUUCGUACAGCAAGACAAGUCUCUGCUAUGCUGCUACAGCAAAAAUAUUGUGUUCAUCUAGAUGUGGCAGAAAAUUUCGAUUAGCCUCAUGUAUCUGAAGAAUUCAAUUGAUGCAGCAAAAGCUCUUCAAGUGCAUAACAAACAUUCAUGUUUUAGCUUUUGGACGCAGAAUCACUCUGCAAUGAGUGAAGCAGCUAGAGGAGUCCUCAUCCAUCAUAUCACACUUCAAAGAAACGAUGGUGAAAAAAUGUGAGAUUUGUUCAAUGGUAAUUCAAUGAGAGAAGCAUUUGAUGCAUGUCUUUCCAGUCAAAAAGCCUGGAAAUCCAUAAUCUACUAUCAAUGUUUCAUAUGAAGUGAUGUGUUCUUGGAAUACAAGUGAAGAUGGUGCAAAGUGUUUUUCCAUUAUCAGAUGAGAGGAGACUUUCACACAAAUUGAAUAAGACACCAUUCUGCUGGUGAGAGUAAUACACUCCUUCACUGCAACAUUUUAAUAUCAUGAGCAAGUUGAAGAGACAAUUUCAACAUACAAAAGCUUCAAAUAUGGAGCUUGCAAUUUUUCGUGGUAUCACAUGCCAUUGUAACUUUCAGUGCCAAAAUUGUAAAAAAAAGUUUGUUUUUUUUAAAAGGAAAAGAAACAUGGCAAUGCUCAAAAAUAUUUCUUUAACCUCAAAUCUUACACGAGUCACUUCUGUAAAAGCAUAUCAUAGGUUAUUCAGCAUUCUUCUCAUGUAAAAUCAAAAAUAUAACUUCAUAGGUAUGUAUAGAAGUCAUUUAAACAAAAAAUCAAAAAUCUAAUUUUCAGAAUAUGCCAAAGAAAUCUAUAUACUCAGGACUUCAUCUGAAGUACACAAUCUGAUGAUAUUUGUCAUAUUUUUAUACAUUUUCAAUCCACGAUGAAAUUAAAAAAAUGUAUGUUUUUAAAAAUAGCUUUUGCAUUGUUUUCAUCAAUUGCUAUAUCAAGUUGCAGCAUUUACUCAGUUUAUUUCUUCCUUGAAGAAUGUUAAUGUUAGUAACAGGUGUUUUGUUGUUGAAAAUGGAAUGUUUUCAUCCUUUUUUUUGUAAAAACAUUAAAAUACUGAAAAAAUAAAACAAUUCUCACGAUU